AUGGCUACUGCUAGUCUCCCAUUCGAGGACUUUGAUGAGAAGUUUUUGACUUGUCCCGUCUGUGAAGAGAUUUAUACCGACCCCCGCGUCCUGCCCUGUCUUCACACCUACUGUGCCAGGUGUCUGGAAAAAUGGCGGAACGGAGAGAGCCAGUUCACCUGUCCUACCUGUCGGCACCAGGUGAGACUACAAGGAACAGGUGUCAGUAGUCUGCCACCAAACUUCUUUAUCAACAGCCUGUUGGACUUCAGGGCCCUGCAUAAAAGUGAAGAAGAUCACACCCAUUGUCAAAUGUGUAAGUCUGAUGCCAAGGUAGAAGGAAGAUGCGCGGACUGUAGUUUCCUGCUAUGUAAGAACUGCAUAACUGCUCACAGUAACACUCCUGCUCUAAAGGACCAUUACAUCAUCACCCUGCGUGACCUGAAGAACCCCAGCAGCAGACCAAAGUACAGCCGGGCCCAGUACUGCUCUCGGCACACCGACCAGCGCAUGACCUUCUACUGCCAGCCCUGCGCCAAGCUCGUGUGCCGAGACUGCACCAUCACCGAGCACCGGCCAGGGCCCGACCACGAUCCACAGGAGGUCAGUAAGGUUGCACAGAACUACAAGGCUGAACUACAGACAUUGGUAGAGAAAACCUAUGACACGGAUGACGCUUUGAACAGAGCUAAAGAAACUGUCAGCCAAGAAAUCAGCAGCAUCACAACAAACUGUCACACGAUAAGAAAGGAAAUCAAGGAACAUUUUGCACAAAUGAGAGCAAAACUUGACGAGCAAGAGAAGAAGGUCACAGAGAAGCUAGACAGGAUGGAACAAAACCAGAAGGAGCCUCUUGCCAGGGAAGAGAAAGAGUUGGAAGAGACUAUCAAGUCUACUGAAGAUGGACUGAAGUUCUCUACGGACAUUCUGACUAGAGGUAAUGAUGUUGAGAUUCUCACACUCAGGCAGCAGCUAGAAGACAGGCUUAAUGUUCUUUCGUCAGCUCAGAUCCAGCAUGAAGCUUUGAAGAAUAAGAUAUCAUUCCAACCAGAUGAUAAGUGCUCAAAUCUUGUCGAAUGUUACCUUUUUCUGACUGAUGAAUCCCUGUUCAUCACAGAGGCCCCAGUAGAAAGUUUGCCAACUACUGUAAUAUUUCGGCCCCGGGCAGGUCAAGACCUCAGAACCGAUCCACAGGUAACCGUCACCUCUGCUGAGGGGCAAUAUGCUAAAUUAGACACCACCAAAGGAAGUGACGGAACAUUUAAAGCAGUUUGGAGGCCACAGACAUCAGGGAAGCAUGUUGUGUGUGUAGCUACUGGGGGUGGGGUUACAGGAGGGGGGAGUCUGUGUUCCCCCAUCACAGUAGAUGUUGGUAGUAACAACCCCGUACUGAGGUUUGGACAGAAGGGAAGCCAGCAGGGCCAGUUUAACGCUCCUAUAGAUCUUGCAGUCAGUGGAGAUAGACUGUAUGUAACUGAUACUGUCAACACACGUGUCCAGGUGUUUGAUCUGACGGGGAAAUAUUGUCACUCAUUUUCAACAACUACAAUUCCUUGGUCACUUGCAGUUCAUAUUGAUGGCACCAUAGUGGUUAAGUCUGGAAAUGAAGUGAAAAAGUUCACACCAUCAGGAGAACUGUUGUACACAUUUUCUCUGAGUGAAUAUUGUACAGAGCCCUAUGGCCUGGCAUUACAGAGAGAUGGGAGGGUUGUUGUAGCUGAUGGUGACAAACACAGCAUUUUCCUGUUUGAGCCAGAUGGUACGCUGAUAAAACAGGUGGGAGGGAAGGGAGAGGGGGACGGUCAGUUCAACGAUCCAUGUUUUGCCUGCACGGAUAACGCAGAUAAUAUCAUUGUGUCAGAUAGACUUAACCACCGCGUUCAUGUGUUUGACAAGAAUUUGAUGUUCCAACACAAGUUUGGUCAGAGAGGUGAUCAGACACAGGACAUGCGGUGUCCGAUCGGGGUGUCAGCUGACAACAGGGAAAACAUAGUUCUAUCAAACAUAGGAUGUAGAACUGAUGGAGUCAAACAUGGUCAAAAGCUUCAGGUGUACCGCCCAGACGGCACAUGGUUGUCCACCAUUAGCAGUGAUGGGGACAAACUGAACGUUCCCCACGGGGUGGCUGUGACAGAGGAUGGACAUGUGUUUGUAGCUGAUACUAAUGACCACUGUAUCAGAAAGUACAGAUACGUGUGA